GCUGUACUUAUAAUUCUCAACUGGUUUACUGGUGCCCUAACAUUGCAUUGUGGCCUAUAAUUGGAUUUCAUUGCCAUUAAUAUAAUGAAUUUGAAUUCAUUCACUGCAUUCAUAAUUACCAUAACAUUUUCAUUAUAUAUAGCUCUACCAGAAGUUUUAAUGUUAGAAAUAGGAAGAUAUAUGAAUCAUACGGACAAACAAAUAUUGGAUCACUUAUUAGAUCCAAUAAGAUAUGAUCACCGAACGAGACCAGCAGUGAAGACAGUGGUAAAUGUAAGCGUUUUGUUGUUGACAUUGUCCUCUCCGGAUGAGUCGAGUGUGACCUACGAAAUAGGAUUUAUUAUGCUUCAGAUGUGGGACGACCCUAGAGUUGGUUUCGAAGACGGAGGCAAACAUAAGUACUUGAAUGCACUGAUGCACGCAAACAUGCUAUGGAUGCCGGAUACAUAUUUUAUAAAACACGGGGAAUUCAAAUACCCGUUGGAUCGUUUUGAUCCCAUCCAUAUCGCGCUUAAGAUAUAUCCAAACGGAACUGUUAUCUACACCACUAGACGUAAUAUGAUAUUGACAUGUGAGGGAAAUCUUAAGAUAUUUCCAUUUGAUAGUCCAAAAUGUUUUUUUGCUAUAGAAAGUAUAUCUCAUGAAAGCGAACAAUUGGAGUUACGUUGGGAUACAAAAGUGUCGAUAAAAGCCGCCGAUUCUAUAAAGACAAUGAAUGCAUAUAUGAUGAGAAAUGAGACCCAUAUAUGCAAUAAUAGGCACACCUGGAGAAGUGAAUACAGUUGUCUCAGUGUUUUAUUGGUCUUUUCGAGAGACAAAUCAUUUUAUUUCAGUACAGUGUUUGUUCCGGGAAUGGUAUUAGUGACCAGUUCUUUCAUUAGCUUUUGGCUGGACGUCAAUGCAGUGCCGGCCCGAGUCAUGAUAGCCGUGACAACAAUGUUGAACUUCUGUACCACAACUAACAGCUUUCGGUCGAAAUUGCCGGUCGUCUCAGAUCUGACAGCUAUGAACUUAUGGGACUUUGUUUGCAUGUUUUUCAUCUAUGCCUCAAUGAUUGAGUUCAUUAUUGUUAAUUAUUUACAUCGAAAACUUCCUCAUCCCAGCCGACCUAACUCUGGUGAUAGACAGAGCACGGGUGGUAUGAGUGACUAUCACCACAGUUUCCGACAUCAGCCAAACAGUCGAAAACUGGUUGAUUCCGGUCUUUUCCAAUCAGAUCACAUUCAGAUCACACAAAAUAAAGAAGAAAUUGAAUUAAAAGCACCUCUUGUUGAAGGCGAAGAUCCUUCGGUGCCACCACUGAUCAAUCAAAGCAAUCAUAGACAACAACGACCUAAUAGGAACCGAUCUUUUAGUGAUAUUAAUCAGUUACACUCACCAUUCAGAGCACCGGCUUCUGGUAGUACUUCAUUUCAUGAAGACGAGAGACUGAGAGCAACGGCUUCAGUGUUUGCUUGGCUUCGAAGACCACAAAUACUUCGGUCGACAGAACUGACUUCAAGAGCACGAAUGGCCCGAUCUAUAGAUCACAUAUCAAAAACAGUGUUCACUCUUCUGUUCGGUCUCUUCUCAUUCUUUUAUUUUCUAACCUAUGCUGUCAUAAAACCGGCGCAAUUGGAUGAUUGGAUUGAAAAUGAGUUUGAAUUGCCAUCAAAGACUAACUAA